UCUUUACGUCUAUGAUCGUGCCACGCUUGUCAUGUCUGUAACGGGCAAGUGAUAUUUUUGCUUAGAUAAAUUAUUCUUAUACUGUACUUGAAUGAAUUUUCCAAUUAAUUACUUAUUAUAAAUAUAAUCAAAAGCACAGCUUUCUAAUGAAAAUUUAAUUACAUUUUUGCCCCAUACACUGGCUUUUGAUAGCAUUAUUUUCCAAACAACUUGUGCCGGCCGGUUUUGUGUGCGUGUCGUUUUAUAAUUGGUUUUAGAUAAAUAAAUAUAAUAAUGGUGGCCUUAGUUAAAGUAAAAGGAUUGCGAGUAUCAGCCCAAAAGCAUGAAACUCUUUUGAAGUUGACCAUUCUUUCUUUAGCUGCUGUAUUGUCUUUUGCAACACGUUUGUUCUCUGUUUUGAGAUACGAAAGUGUAAUACAUGAAUUUGAUCCAUAUUUUAACUACAGAACCACAAAGUUCCUAGCAGAAGAGGGUUUCUAUAAUUUUCAUAAUUGGUUUGAUGAUCGAGUAUGGUAUCCUUUGGGAAGAAUUAUUGGAGGAACGAUUUACCCUGGGCUUAUGAUAACAUCAGCAUCACUUUACCGCUUAGCUCAGCUUUUAAACAUUCCAAUAGACAUUAGAAAUGUCUGUGUAUUUUUGGCACCACUAUUUUCAAGUUUUACUACAAUAGUUACUUACCUGCUAACUAAAGAAUUAAAAGACUCAGCCUCUGGAUUAUUUGCGGCAUGUAUGAUAGCAAUAGUACCAGGAUACAUUUCUCGAUCAGUGGCAGGAUCAUAUGACAAUGAAGGAAUUGCGAUAUUUUGCAUGCUUUUUACUUACUAUAUGUGGAUCAAAGCUGUAAAAACUGGUGCAAUAUUUUGGUCAACAUGUGCGGCACUUGCAUAUUUUUACAUGGUAUCUUCUUGGGGAGGAUAUGUCUUUCUUAUUAACCUCAUUCCACUUCAUGUACUUACGUUAAUGGUCACAGGACGAUUUUCUCAUCGAAUUUAUAUUGCUUAUAGUAUAUUAUAUUGUAUUGGAACUAUUUUGUCAAUGCAAAUUGCAUUUGUUGGUUUCCAACCAGUACAAAGUUCUGAGCAUAUGCUAGCACUUGGAGUUUUUGGUCUGUGCCAAAUUCAUGCACUGGUCGAUUAUUUACGUAGUAAACUUACAGAUGAUGAUUUCGAGUUACUAUUCCGUGGUUUAGUUGUUUCGACCUUAGUUAUUUCAUGUAUUGUUGGCGGAGUUUUAACAAUUACAGGAAAAAUAUCACCAUGGACUGGACGGUUUUAUUCACUUUUAGAUCCUUCUUAUGCUAAAAAUCACAUUCCAAUAAUUGCAUCAGUUUCGGAGCAUCAACCUACAUCAUGGAGUUCAUUUUACUUCGAUCUUCAAGUGCUUGUAUUUUUAUUUCCUGUUGGAUUGUACUUCUGUUUCUCAAAAUUAACUGAUUCCAACAUUUUUCUUAUCUUAUAUGGAGUUACAAGCCUCUACUUUGCUGGAGUAAUGGUGCGUUUGAUGUUGGUGCUAGCUCCUGUGAUGUGUAUUUUAGGAGGAAUUGGUGUAUCUUCGUUGUUAUUGAUUUACAUGAAACAAUUAGAAAGUAGUAAAGUUGUAGAUAAAAAAUCCCGCAAAUUUGAGAACAAUUACGUUUUGAGAAGUCAAUUAUCAAUGCUAUUUAUAACCAUCAUGGCAGUACUUUUUGUCUUUUAUACAUUACACUGUACGUGGGUCACUGCUGAAGCUUAUAGUUCUCCAAGUAUUGUUUUAUCAGCAAGAUCUCCUGAUGGCGGACGAAUUAUUUUUGAUGACUUUAGAGAAGCUUACUAUUGGCUACGAAUGAAUACGCCUGAAGACUCUAAAGUAAUGUCCUGGUGGGAUUAUGGAUAUCAGAUAACUGCCAUGGCCAAUCGCACAAUUUUAGUGGACAAUAACACGUGGAAUAAUACACACAUAUCGCGGGUAGGCCAAGCAAUGGCCAGUUCUGAAGAAAAAGCGUACGAAAUUAUGCGAGAAUUAGAUGUAAAUUAUGUCCUCGUCAUAUUUGGAGGACUAACGGGAUAUUCCUCUGAUGAUAUUAAUAAAUUUUUGUGGAUGGUAAGAAUUGGAGGAAGUACAGAAAAAGGAAAGUCUAUUACUGAGUGGAAUUAUUAUAAUCCUUCUGGAGAAUUUAGAGUUGAUAAAGAUGGAUCACCGACAUUGCUCAAUUGUUUAAUGUAUAAAAUGUGUUAUUACCGCUUUGGACAAGUUUAUACUGAAGGUGGAAAACCUUCUGGAUAUGACAGAGUCAGAAAUAUGGAAAUAGGAAAUAAAGAUUUUGAACUGGAAACAUUAGAAGAGGCUUAUACGACUGAACAUUGGCUUGUACGUAUUUAUAAGGUGAAAGAUUUAAAAAAUAGAGGUAACUGAGUUGU